GUGCAGUCUACAAGCUGGAGACAGGUGAAGUCGACUUCUUCGGCCCCUCGCCAAAGCAGGCAGAGCUCUUGGCGUCGAAGUUGCAACUCCCUCCCUCCAUGAGCAACUCCGCCGAUGCUUUGGCGCUCAUUGGUGCCCACGGCGUCCGCACUCCCGAGGAUCCGCCGAUGCCAGCCCCAGCAGCGCUGAAGCUCUUGAAGGAAGGCAACGAGCGAUUUGCCGUGGGUGCCCCCAUUGCUGGCAAGAUCGAUGCGAAGAUGAGAAAAGCCUUGGCGACUGUUGGCCAGGCACCACACACAGCCAUCCUCGGAUGCGCAGACUCUCGGGUGCCGCUUGAAUUGGUCUUCGAUGGGCUUCCUGGAGAUCUGUUCGUGCUCCGCAACGCCGGCAACAC